AUGUUCAACUUCAGCGGAAACUUACUCGCGGGUCAACAUGAUACACAGAAGGCUAGAUCUCCGCCAUCAAAGCCAAUACCUAUCACGUUUCCAUGCCUUCAGCCACCCGUGCCGUCAGCUGCAAGCCCUCCCCCAUUGUGGAAGGAUCCUGGUACGGGAGUGACCGCACAGUUCCUGCGUCUCAAAAAACCAAGUGAUGUUACCAAGGACACCUUAGCUGCGCUCAACAUUACCUUCCAGCCUGUUUGCGAUUUCGACACUUUGUUUUCCUCUUUGCCUGAUAAUGCACAUUCGCAUUUGCCUCCAAAGACUUGGUUGGAUCCGCCAACGGAUGGCCAAACCCCGCAGACAGCCUCUCCGGCUGUUGCUGCCCCACUUCUUAGCAAUUCUCGAAAGGCCCCUGAUCAGCGAGACUUCUAUGCCCGCCUCAGAGAGCUGUACUUUAGCAAUAAUGACGCUUUCUCGACACUGACGCGAAAGGGAAAUGGAAGCCAAGCGCCGCUACGGCUGGCACACUUCCGCAAGUUCUGGGAGGGGCUUGACAAUCUAGCCUACUACUGGGACACUUCCCUGGACAUAUACACUCCGCCGCAGAAUGACAUCGACAACCAUGACAGAUCCAAAGAACAGGCUAGUCUAGCAGGUAGCGCAAACUCCAUAGACCACGUCCUUGUGAGUGGCAACGAGGAUUCCGCAUCCGUGGAUGGAUUCGAGUCUCUUGUAGGAAAUGAACCACGGAAGAAAGCAAAGACCGAAGCAACGAAUGAUAACAGUGCUUCAAACGCUUUCGAUAUGAAUGGCUUCGGAAACGCCUCGAUAGCCACCCUAGCAUCCUCAAACAUACCAAGUCGAGUGCUCCCAGCACGGAACGCCCCCCCAAAGCUGGUUUGGAGGACAAGUACAGACGAUCAAGCUUCUUCAGCAGAUUCUGCAUUGGGUUCAUACAGCGGAUAUCGAAUUGGAAACGGCGCCGAGAUGCCGGAUCAGUAUCGCAUCGACUGUGUCAGGGCCUUCAUAGAACCGAUUGCCUGGGCAUUUGGAGUCACUCUUUCGCCGCACAGGCGCCCGCCAGUAUUACUGCUUGGGCACAUACGCUUUCCUGUGCGUAUGAGUUCUGUCGCAUGGCGAGGACCCCUGGACAGAGCAAAAGCUCGACAGGGGUGGAUGGAAGGACCCAUAGUCGGUGUCCAGUGUAGAGCUGAUGUCAACUUUGGCAAAUCAGGGGACCUGGAGGCCGAGUCAAUCCUUGAUACUGUCCGAGAGCUUGGCGGACUGCUUCUAUUGGCACAGGAGAGAGCAAGAGAAGGAAAGACGGAAAAGCGAGCUGGUGAUGGGAAAUGGUGGACAACCAAGCAACGUUGGGGUGGAGGUCCAGGGGGCGAAGUAGGUGAAGCUACCGAAGAUACCAGUGUAGUUAACAAAGGCUCCACUGUUAAACCAGAAGAGGCGGUUGAGAGAAACCGGGAUGGCUCUAGAGCACGCCGAAAACCAACCCCAGCCGAAGUCUGGAAAACUCUGAAAGCCGGCAAUCCUCUAUGGGAUCCCAAAGUCGUAUAUGAGGCGAUUGGUAAACACAAAGGCAGUGAUUAUGACGACGUUUUCAUGGUAUCCUCGUUGAAUCAUCAUAUCAGCAUCAUAAAACUUCAGGUUCACCGAUGCUAUCUACAUUACAUCACCGAAGGCAAAUUACCAGACAAUGUACCCGCAGGCACCGACUGGUGCUCGCCCAAAUUCCAGAGGACACGUUGGUUUGAUCUCUUCAGUAUAGAAGAUAGAACGGAAGCCAUGCGGGGAAUUUGGGGCCUCAUGUCCUAUAUGAUGCGGGCCAACACUGAUGCCCCGGGAGACUCAGCCACGCCUGCUGGGGCAAACACACGAUCAUGA